AUGAGAACAGAGAGAACAAACGUUUUGGUCCUUCAGGAACUCCUCAGAUGCUGCAGAACUUCAGAUUCCAGGAGAAGCUUCAGAGACGACAGCAGACAAGUUCCUCCUGCAGGAGUCCACGAAAACGGCCACGAAGACGACCACGAAGACGACCACGAAGACGACCAGAAAGACGACCACGAAGAGGACCACGAAGAUGACCAGGAAGACGACCAGGAAGACGACCACGAAGACGACCACGAAGACGACCACGAAGACGACCAGGAAGACGACCAGGAAGACGACCAGGAAGACGACCAGGAAGACGACCAGGAAGACGACCACAAGGACGACCACGAAGACGACCAGGAAGAUGACCACGAAGACGACCACGAAGACGACCACGAAGACGACCAGGAAGACGACCAGGAAGACGACCAGGAAGACGACCAGGAAGACGACCAGGAAGACGACCACAAGGACGACCACGAAGACGACCAGGAAGAUGACCACGAAGACGACCACGAAGACGACCAGGAAGAUGACCAUGAAGACGACCACGAAGACGACCAGGAAGAUGACCAUGAAGACGACCAGGAAGACGACCACAAAGACGACCAGGAAGACGAACACGAAGACGACCAGGAAGACGACCACGAAGACGACCACAAGGACGACCACGAAGACGACCAGGAAGAUGACCACGAAGACGACCACGAAGACGACCAGGAAGAUGACCACGAAGACGACCACAAAGACGACCAGGAAGACGAACACGAAGACGACCAGGAAGACGACCACGAAGACGACCACGAAGACGACCAGGAAGAUGACCACGAAGACGACCACGAAGACGACCAGGAAGACGACCAGGAAGAUGACCACGAAGACGACCACAAGGACGACCACGAAGACGACCAGGAAGAUGACCACGAAGACGACCAGGAAGACGACCAGGAAGAUGACCACGAAGACGACCAGGAAGAUGACCACGAAGACGACCAGGAAGAUGACCACGAAGACGACCAGGAAGACGACCAGGAAGAUGACCACGAAGACGACCAGGAAGACGACCACGAAGACGACCAGGAAGACGACCAGGAAGAUGACCACGAAGACGACCAGGAAGACGACCACGAAGACGACCACGAAGACGACCAGGAAGAUGACCACGAAGACGACCAGGAAGACGACCAGGAAGACGAACACGAAGACGACCAGGAAGACGACCACGAAGACGACCACGAAGACGACCAGGAAGAUGACCACGAAGACGACCACGAAGACGACCACAAAGACGACCAGGAAGACGAACACGAAGACGACCAGGAAGACGACCACGAAGACGACCACAAGGACGACCACGAAGACGACCAGGAAGAUGACCACGAAGACGACCACGAAGACGACCAGGAAGACGACCAGGAAGAUGACCACGAAGACGACCAGGAAGACGACCACGAAGACGACCACGAAGAUGACCAGGAAGAUGACCACGAAGACGACCACAAAGACGACCAGGAAGACGAACACGAAGACGACCAGGAAGACGACCACGAAGACGACCACGAAGACGACCAGGAAGAUGACCACGAAGACGACCACGAAGACGACCAGGAAGACGACCAGGAAGACGGAAAGAUCUGCAGAAACAGACAGACUCUGCUCUUCUGA